AUGUUAGGAGAAAAGGUUCUCUAUAAACACUUUGACAACCUACAUAACCAGGACAUCAACCAAGGGAAGAGCUACCUCAAGCUCAGGCCAGACAUAACUUGCCAGGAUGUAACUGUACAGAUGACAAUCCUCCAGUUCAUGUCUUCUGGAAUGGACACUGUUACUGUUACUACUACUGUUUACUACAACUAUCUUAUCCACAAAUUGGAGGUUUAUGACUUUUUGGCUACUGUGACUACAAAGGUUUGCAUAAUUGGCAUAGACUCUUACACACCAAAUGCUGACAGUCUGGGAAUGGUUACUUAUAGUGUUAGAGGUGCUGAUACAGUCAACAUAAUAGCAAAUCUUCUUAAUAUCAUCCUCAAGGUUACAGGCAUUCUUACUGUCAAAGGCAGUACUAGUGUAAUUGUUGAGUACUACAGUCAUAGUGUCAAGUCUCUGUUGUGUACUAGUAUAGUAAUGAUUUGUAACAUAGGUGCAGACAAUAGUACUAAAUAUGACCAGCUUAUUGAGAUUAACCUUUCAGAGCUUAAACCACACAUUAAUAGUCUGUUCAUACCCAAUCUUACUAUACUGAUUUUGAAGUUUCUAGUAGAGCUCAAGGUUGGCCUUAUCAGCUCUUGUACAAACUCUUUGUAUAAGGACAUGACCCAUUCAGUAGCAAUUACUAAGGAGGCUACAGAUUAUAGUCUACAGGUGAAGAGUAAGUUCUUGAUUACUUCUAGUUCCAAGCAAGUCUGUACUACAAUUGUGUGUAACAGUUUGAUUGAGACCUUUGAGAAUGAUGGUGGUAUUGUUCUUACUAAUGACUGUCAGGAUCUACUAAAGGGUGUCAAGAACUCUAUCAUCACCUUGUACAACUGUAACUUUACUAGCUGUAACAACACAAACCCUACUACUUAUACAUUUGUCACUUCUCUAAAUAUUGUUACUACUAUAGUCUUUACUAUAUUCUUACAGCCCUCUGGUAACAAACUCCUACUACAUAGUUAUAAUCCUAGCCAGAACACAUUCCAGCCUCUGUCUAAGGACUAUAUAAGUAUACAGGUUGUGAUUGACCUGAAGAGUGAUUGUUUAGCUAUCAACACAGAGAAUGGCAAAGCAAACAAGGUGAAGAACAAGCUUACAGGUGAAUACAGUAGUGUACUUAGUCUUACAAUCAUUACAAAAUCAUUUGUAUGUAUCUAUGAAACAAAUUUGAAGAAGCAGAGUAUGCUUACUUUGACAUUUGUUAACCCAGAAGACUACAAUCAUAUAAAACUGGAUAAUAAGGUGACAAUUAAAGGGUUGGAGAGUUUUACACUAGGGAAGAAUCUUGUGAUAGAGGUUAAGCAUAGUGAUAGGAAGACUGAGGAGAUUGAGCUUGCACAUUUGUUUAAUGAGGGACAGAUUGAGUGA